GACGGAGGGUGGACAGUAUAUAAAGAGUGUUUGACAGAUGAACAGCAACAGUUACUCAAACAAGACGUUCUCUAGAAACAUGGCAGUGUUGGUAGUGAUGAUGGUGCUGGCAGGUGUAGUGGCGGCUCAGGACGCAGCACCACCGGCGGCCCAGCUGAGAGUCGUCACUCCAGGAGGUAAACCAGUGGUGGGGAUUGUACGUAACCUCCAACACGCUCCAGACGUCGACGGCAGCCACAGCUCAGACUUCGAGGCUGAGAACGGUAUCCAGUUCCAAUUCUCAGGAUCUCAGGGAGCAACGGGCGGCGCCAACAUGGUGGGACACUACAGCUACCCUCUGGAGGACGGCAAGGUGGUAGAGGUCCAGUUCGUGGCUGACGAGAACGGUUUCCAGCCCCAGUCCGACCUGCUGCCCGUGGCCCCCGCCUUCCCCCACCCCAUCCCCCAGUUCGUCCUCGACCAGAUCGCCUUCGCUGAGGCCGAGAGGGAACGCAAGGCUCGUGAGGGCAUUAGGGACGAGUACGCGUACGAGCCUUCAAGUAAUUAGACAGUUACUCCCUUAACACUCUAAAUUGGGAAAAAGGACAGAAGAACAGAUGUUAUUUUAUGGACGGAUGGGCCGGACCGUCCAACCGUCCCAUAGUACUCCACUGAUGAUUUUAUUUAUGUUGUUUGUAUUUAUUAUUGCUACUGGGCUCCGGUACUACGUUGUGAGGAUCUUGAACUAAAACCAGUGUACACGCGAGCAAUAAAUAUAACGUGAAUGCUUAA